UACAGAGAGUGGCGAGAGGUCUUAGUGGCAACACGCUGUUGAGACGCUUUGCGUGUGAGUGUCAGAGGGAAGGCUGCUGGAACUGCUCAUACAGCUGCUGAACACUUGGAGGUCAGCCACAGUCACCUACACAGAAUCUGACAUCUAGGAUCCAGAGCAAGACGACCAACUCAGGGAGAACAAACACAACGGGAAGACGAAGAAGUCAGGACUGAGAGGGAGCAGGAGCCUGGUGCUGAGGCUGAGAAGAAGGCUGUCAAGCUGUCUGGGUGUGAGUGAACACCCUCUAGUGGAGCUGCUGACAAGCUGUCCUGCAGAGCGUCUGUCUGUUUCUAACCAUCAGCAUUUCAAGAGGUCUACGUUCCAGCGUUGAGCAGAGACCAUGUGGUGUUUGGAUCUGCUCUUACCACUGCUGUUGAUCAUCAAUGAUGCCAGUUGCCAGUGGAACGUUUGGGUACCUCGGGACAUCUCGGCCAUGACAAACUCCUGUGUGGUCAUCCCGUGCACCUUCAUGUAUCCGUCUGGUAUCAGGCCGUACCGCGGCACUCACGGUAUCUGGUACUUCGGCCAGCCGUACCCUCAACUCUUCCCUCCUGUUGUCUUCAAAUCACGCACAGAUGUUGUGCACGAGAGCUAUAAGGGCCGCACCAAGAUGCUGGGUGACCUGCACCAGAGGAACUGCACUCUGCUCAUCAACAACAUCGGGACAGAGCACUCAGGGAAAUACUACUUUCGUGCUGACCUCGGUGGAGCCAACAUGUACACGUUCCCAGACUUCUCUGAGCUCAAAGUUCUGGAUCAACCCAACAUCGACGUCCCAGAGGAGAUUAUCAGCGAUGAGAGUCUGGAGCUGACAUGCUACGCUCCGGACAACUGCCCCGACUUGACUCCGGAGAUCCAGUGGAUGUACACCGACUACCUGCCCGACCCGGAGUUCAGCUCUGACUACCUGGAGGAGAGCAACACAGCAGUACUCUCAAGCACCCUGACCUUCACACCCAGGCCCAUGCACAAUGGGCAGCUCCUGGGCUGCAGGGUCUUCUACCCCAACACCACACUGGUCUAUGAGAGGCUCAUCUCUCUGGACAUCAAGUAUGCUCCACGCUCUGUGUGGGUGAACGUGUCCUCAGAGGUGAUGGAGGGCAGCUCUGUGAUGCUGCACUGCGAGGUGGACAGUAACCCUCCUUCCAGGAUCUCCUGGAUGUUCGGAGACGAGGAGCUGCUGUGGGACACGGCGUCCAACAUCUCGCUCUCGCUGGACGAUUUGACGCCUGCGCAGGAGGGAAUCUACACCUGCGUUGGGGACAAUGGCUAUGGCAUCAUGAACACUUCACUGUACCUGGCUGUCAAGUACCCUCCCCGCGAGCCUCUGGUUAACGACUCUAUGACGGUCCUAGAGGGAUCCUCGCUGGCCUUGCACUGUAGCACUCAGGGCAGCCCGGCCCCAACCCUCACCUGGCUAAAAGACGGGGAGCUGGUGGGCACCAUCACUGCUGACGAGCUGUCAGUGCUGGAGAUCUUAGAGAUCACACCGCAGGGAGACGGACAGUACCGCUGCCUGGCUGAGAACGAGCACGGAAGAGCCAGCAGCUCCUUCAACAUCACUGUUGAGUAUGCCCCGGUCCUUCUGGAGGAGUCAAAGUGCACGGUGGUGAGGGAGGGUGUCCAGUGUGUCUGCAUAGCCACAGGUAACCCUGAACCCACCAUUGAGUUCUAUCUGCCCGAUGUGAACAUCACCAUCAACGAAUCAGACGGCCGGUACAACUUCUACACGCACACAGACGGCCACACCUCCACGGGUAUGAUCAAGCUGAGGGAGAAAGGCGAGCGGGUCGACAACGGAGGCCCCGCCGUCAACGUCCACUGCAGCUUCUACAACACGUACGGAAGAGAGAGCGUACACCUGGAGCUACAGCAGGAGAAAAAGUACAUGAUGGCAGUUAUAGUUGGCACCAUUGGUGGAGUGGCGGUGAUAGCCUUCAUCAUAGCAGCAGUGAGAUACGUUGGCCACAACAACAAGAAAGAGAAUGGCAACCCUAGGCAGGACGUGGUCCUGGAGAACCCAGCUUUGUACUACAGCGCAGUCAAGAAGGACAAACAAAAUCUGAGGAAGAAAGUGCUUAAGACAGAGCUGUUGGGCUCAAAGUUUAACUCCAUUCUAGAGGAGACUACGGGAGAAGACGGGGAUUAUCAACCUGUGGGCUCUAUGGCAGGGCUGGAGAAGCAAGAGCUAAAUUACGCUGCUUUGGAGUUUAUCGGAGCCAGGUCCAGGGAGGGGGCCUCAGGGAGGGGGGAUGAUGACAGCAACUACACGGAAAUCAAAGCCAAAUGAAUCGCGAUCCUUCCCUGAUCCCUCGGCUAUGCGAGACGCAGUGGCAGCCACAACACAUGUUCUGCCCCAUAAACUGUGUAAUAACCCCUCUUCCUCAACUGGAUUUCAUUCUGCAUUCGAUGCCUCCUUGUUUCUCAUUUCUUCAGAUUUGUCACAUAUAAUGUACCACCCAAUGCCACUACUCUCCCUUCAUGCUGCCCCUCCUCCAUUGGACGCCCCUUCACCUACCAUCAUUUGGGAAAACUGGAACUUUUAUGGGUCGGAGCAUGACCCACUGGACAAUGUAAAGUGAAUUAUUUAAAUUCCUAGCCUCAGUUGUAGUACAUAGGCUCUAAAACAUGCAGUGUUAACUAGCGACCGUGUUUUUGUUGCUUUCUCUAUGUUCUUUGUGAUUGUCAAAUGAAUGACAUCUGAGUGCUCACAUCCGUCUCACUAUCUGCUCUACAUCUGUGUCUUGUAACUGUCACUGUGUCUGCUGCCAGUCGAAGCAUCAGGGCAAGGAGUUACUGUGCUUUUUGCUCUCUUAUAUUUAUGUGUGUCCGUCAGCAGAGAGCAAACCUCGAUUCUCUCUUUCCUUUGGUUAAUUACAUCCUAAGAAGAUAACCGACUGAGGCGAGAGAUGGAAACGCAUCUCAGCAUCUUGUUUCCACAUAAUUGUAUUUAAUGUGUGCUGUGACUCGGUAGCCUCUCAUAAUAAAUGAAAAAAGAAAAGGUCACCGUCACUUUUGAUUAUAAUUGAAGAGGUUUUGUAAAUUCAAAUGGUACACUGUCCAGCUCUGAGAAAUAUCCCAGCUUCUGUCCAGCAGUUUCCAGUUAACUGUGGAAUGUGUGGAGAUUUUGGGAGAUUUUUCUGCACAGUGUCCAACUCAAAACUUCUGUCUCAUCUCCUACUUAUUCUCCAUAAAGCAUGGGUUCUAGCUCUCCGAUUGAUGUGGAAAAUACAGACCUAAAGCACAACAUAUUUUAGCGUGAGUGGCCAAAUGUUAUCUCUUUUAGACAAUGUGUGUGUAUGCGUGUGUGUGUGUGUGUGUGUGUGUGUUCAAAUCGUGCUGAAAGAUCAUAGGACACUGAUCAUUGAUGACUGGGGUCUUUGGGAAGUUUGAGCAUCGCUUCACUUGAGAAGCUGAUGCUUUUCUCUCACAGGGUUGCAUCAGAUGUUUGAAUGACAAAAAGUGAGGCUGACUUGCCAGCUGUUUAUGUUAUUCAAAGACAUUUGAUGAACCCGUGAUGUAAUAUCAAAGCGCACUAAUAGUCUAACUUGAUAAUGGUGUCAAUAAUAUAUAUUAAUAAGAUGUAUAGCUAGGGAAUGGAUGCCAGUAUGUACAGUAAAUACCCUGCAUGACUGAGGCACACAUCUAAGUAUUACAUUAUGGAUAAAAGUGUGAGAAGUAAAAACAAUCUUGUCACACAUCAUUCAAAUACUUUUGACUGAAUAGUGUCUUAGUAAAUAGUACCAACCUCUAACUAGAGUGCACUAUAGUCAAAUCAUAGGCUGCGUUUACAUGCAGGGAGUGACCCUCUUAUUGACUGUUGUUGAGGUUGAUUUAAAGUAUAAUACCUGCUGUGUUUAGCAAUCGUUUCUAAUAACCAUCGAAAGGGGACAGAUCAAAGCAGCAGAUGCCGAGAUAUCCUUUUAUUUCAUGGGUCAAUUUCCAAACCCACUGGAUCCUACAUUACCCACAAUGCAACUAAUAGCAUGUUUUAGUUAGACCCUCCCUGCCUAGUAAAUGUCUUUCAAACUCCAUGCACCGAGUUUGUAUCUCUGUAUAUUUUCAGACUUUACAAAGCUUUUUCAGAGCAGCAUUUUAUGAGGACAUUAAAGUUUUCACAGGCUGAACUGUACUGCCCAUGAUAUAAAUGCCUGACUUGUACAUCAGGAAGUCAGGUCAUACGUCUCCGUUUCUCUCAAAAGUGCUUAAAAAUAACUCAUCGACACUCUGCAGCCUGAUUUGACUAACACGGUCUGCCAUUUUAAAUACGACAACAGGUAACGAUUGAUGAUUUUCACUUUCUGUCAAUUACAUAUGCAGUGAAAAUGGAAUUGGAUUUUUACCUGUGUCUUGUAUUUUGGAUUGUUUUAACAAUGUAAGAUCAAGAUAAACAAUUUGGUCAUCCAAAUUAAUCACGCAAAACAAUUACCAAGUCAGUUUUCUCUGCAAGACAUUAUUUCUAAAAUAUUGAACUAAAACAAAGUUCCAAAAUCUUCUGCUAAAGUGUGUUGAACAUCAAGUAUGGAAAGCUGCCCACUGAUGUUCUCUUCCUAAACAGACAUUACCCUGUAUGUACUGAUCUAGCUAGAGAUGUGCAAUGAUCUCUUCUUGAAGAUUGAAAGUCCUUUUGAUACACAUGCUAUGACUAAAGCUUUAUAAAUGUAUGUUUUGAAACAACACGGCACUGUGGCAGUCUCAUUUAAAAUGAUGGAUUAAGUUCAUCAAGGCAGCAGCGUGUCUGUGUGAGCUGUUUCUAAUUGGUUUUACAAUCAACAUACAGCAACAUCCUCUCUCUGUUGUAACUCCAUAUAUGGGUAGACUGUUCAUAGGCAGCACUGGCAAUAUGUAAAGAAAAUUAGAGAAAUUACUUUAAAAUGUUUACAUGAACGCAAAUAAAUCUCUCUGCCAAAACCCAAGUUUGAAUAAACCAUGUUGGUGAAGCCUUAGGUCCUAAAUGGCACAGGGCAGAAUCUGACAUCAAAACAUACCCAUAAUGCUGUGCUAAGCGAAGGCCUCUAUGUCACUAUUUUAGUAUUCUUAUAACAGUAACUGUUGGAAUAAUAUUUUUGGAAAUAAUUUUGCUUGGUCUUAUCCUGCAUCAAGUCAAGCUUGAAGUAUUUAAAUUAAACAUGCAUAGUGCAGACAAAUGAGCCAACUUUGUGUUUAAUUUGAUUGAAGAACUCUGAGCAGGUUUACAAAAUGUUUAAGUAUGUAAUGCAAAGAGCUUUCAGCUUUUCAGCAUUAUUUACACACUUCAAGCCAAAACAAGUUAAAAAUGCAGUUCUCUGUGCAUGUAAACGAAGCUUUUGUCAACCACCCAUUCUGACUCACAUCAGCCUUUUAUUAAGACACUGUUGAUUUAAAGAUGAAUAUACGGGCUAGUAUUCUUAUACAAAGACAAUAACAAGUUUCUCUCUUUGAAAGUUUUACAGGUUGUUUUUUAUUUUUAAGUAAAGAUAUCAAAUAUGUCUUACCUAAUCUUUUGUCACAGUGUGUUUUAAAGCAAAUGUGUAUAUCCUAUACUUUGUGGUGAUCAUAAUUAUCAUUAUGGGUUGUUUUUUUCUAUAUACUGUAUAUGAUUGACACAAUAAUUCAGAUCAGGGUUUUGCACUGUUACUUAAUAACAGUAAGAUUUCUGCAAUGAUGUAGUUUGCUUGCUCUUUUAUUUUAAACAAGUAUUUCCUGCCUCAAGCAAAUUCAUCUGUCUUCAGUUCCACGCAAGCAUAAAUAAAAUAAAAACAACAGCAACUGGAAACAGUUGAUUAUUGAUA